GCGACAUCCCAUACCGACGGACUAGGCUGCUUACUGAAUGACAGCCGACAUGAAAAUGUCGAUGUACACGCUAGCGGCCUACACGUCAUAAUGCACGAUCGGAAUUAUAGAUGCAUAGAUCAGGGCUAUUUUAUUUUUUGGUCAUUUUGAGAUCAGGGCCUAUAGCCCUGGACGCCCGGGCCUAACGACGCCCCUGUUGGAGGGUCAGCGUAGAAGGACGUAGAUGGGACUACGUUUAGUGAGACUGUCCGGUCGCUCUGAAGACAACCGUCCCCUAAAUGAUUACAGAUGGCGCCAUCGGAACCGAACUUAAAUAUUUGCAUGUCACAUGGCUUUUGGAAUCGGAAGGCGGUAGAUACCAGUAGUGAGUAACGCAAACAACACAACGUGAAAACUGAAGGUAAUUUCGGAUACAACUGUUAACGCAAAAACACUUGACACUACCUAUACGCGUCUGCUAAACGGAACGCUUCAAACAUUAUCAGAGUAGAAAGUGUUAUGUGGCUCGGCUAGAGACGCGCCCGGAAAGUGAUGCCAGCUUCUGCACAGGUCCGUUUGGGUAGGAAGCGCGCCCUUCCUCCGUGUCCAAAUCCCCUCUUUCUGCAGUGGCUCACAGAGCUAAGAGACCAGGCGGCCGAGAGGGGUCUGAAAACACAAUACGUUUACCAGAAGGCUAUCAGUUCCCUGAAGAAGUACCCCCUUCCCCUGCAGAACGCCAGAGAGGCUAAGAUACUGCAGAACUUCGGAGACGGAAUCUGUAGGAUCCUGGACGAGAAGUUACAGAGGCACUUCAGAGAAAACGGCCCCGACGCUCCCAUCCACUCUCUCCCGGACGGGGGGAGGUUGCCCCUCCCCGCGCCUCCUAGCAACGACAACAACAGCCUGGCUCCUACCAAACGGCCCUCUGGGAGAGAGAGGGGCGGGGGCAAGGAGAAAGGGGGAGGAGGGGGGAGGAAAAGAGAGUAUGUGCCCCAGAAGAGAUCAGGGGGUUAUGCGGUCUUGCUGGCACUGUACAGGGACUCCCAGGUUCCCGGGGGCAAGGGCUUCAUGUUCAAACUGCAGCUACAGGCUGCGGCCCAACCCCUGUGUGACAAGUCGUUCUCCGUGCCUGACCUGGGCAGUAAAUACACCGCCUGGUCUUCAGUUAGCACCCUCAUACAGAAAGACCUGGUGCUGAAGACCCACAAUCCUGCCCGGUAUUCUCUGACUGAGCUGGGAUCGGCCCUGGCAGAGAGACUAGAGGGAGGAGACAGAGGGAUAGACAGGGGAGGACAAGAAGACGGGCGGAGUGAAGUGGGUGAGGAAGACGAGGGACCCGGUGCAGUUGACCUAACUGCAGAUGAAGAGGAGAAAAUAGACUCCAGAGAAGGGCCCAACCCGGCGCCCUAUGUUAUCCAGAGAGGGGGUGAACUGGCUGGGGUGAGCUCGUCAGGAAAGCCCCAGAUUGUGGAGAAUAACGCUAGGCCGUCUGGAGGCUGCCUGUACCCAGGCAGUUAUGACAUUGUGCUGUGUGUGGACUUCAUUGAAACCACUGGGGGCAACACAGCCUGUAAGCAGGAGCUGGUAAAGGAGCUUCAGAGGAAUGGAGUGACCUUUGACAUCAGGAAGUUAAACGUCGGAGACUUCCUGUGGGUGGCCCGGGAGAAGGUGUCCCCUGUGCCCGGUCAGCUGCGCCCUCCCCCGGGUCGGGAGUUAGUUCUUGAUUACAUCAUCGAGCGGAAGAGGAUGGACGACCUGUGUGGGAGCAUCAUCGACGGACGAUUCCGGGAGCAGAAGUUUCGUCUGAAGAGGUGUGGUCUUCAGAAGCCAAUAUACCUGGUAGAGGAAUGUGGUUCUGCAGCGGCUCACCUCAGCCUACCAGAGACCACCCUGAAGCAGGCCAUGGUCAACACACAGGUGGUCGAUGGGUUCUUUGUGAAGAGAGUUCAGGAUGUGAAGGAAUCCGUAGCCUACCUCACAGUCAUGACCCGAUACCUCGCCAGGCUGUACCAGAACCGUACUUUGGUCUGUCGCUCCCGAGAGCUGGAGGGAGAGGCAAACACUGAGGAGUGUGGAGGAGGGGAGAGACCAAAUCCAUCCUGUUCUCUGAUGUCUUUUAUUGAAUUCAACCAAGGAGCUGUGAAGAACAAGUGUCAGACAGUGGGGGAGGUGUUUGCCAGACAGUUGAUGCAAAUCUCUGGACUGUCUGGAGACAAGGCGGCUGCUAUACUGGGGCGCUACGCUACUCUACAUAGUUUGAUGAAGGCCUAUGAGCAGUGCCACAGUGAGACAGAAAAGGAGAAACUCCUGUCGUCCAUCCAGUAUGGAAAAUUGAAAAGGAAUUUAGGUCCGGCACUGAGUCGGACGGUUUACCAGCUGUAUUGCACCAGUGGAGCCCUGUCAUAGAGAACUACCCUCACAUGCAAGAGUUUGAAGACUGUCCUGCGAUUUCCAUCCCUGUGUGUCUUGUACCCCUUUAAGCACAUUACUAUUUUUAGAUUUUCAACUGAAAUACUGUUUUAGAGUUUGAGGAUGUUUUUGGAAAAAUAAAUAAAAUGUUAAAGCGU